AUGACGCCACGAUGUAAACAAACAAUCACAACAUUGGAGUUUCAAGCGUGUAGUGAAGGCCUCAUGGAUUCACGGCAUCAAGCAAAAGCUUCUUCCAACCCUAAAGCUAUGAAUUCAAGUAUCAAGAUAUCAGAGCUAAGUGGAAGAGAUCAUGUGGAGGAAGAGGACGAAGAACAACAGGGGGACACACACCAAAAUGCAUACACAGAUCUUAUGAAUAUGGCUCCCCUAAAUACUGCUAUGACUGAGCUCCUAGAACGAGGGGAGCUGCCAGUAGGGGCAAUUACGUCGGCACAUGUGGGAUCCACGGAAGAAGUUUUAGGGCUUCCCUAUAUGGAGUCCUGUGUUACGCUCCCAGAACUAGGAGGGACGGACCACGUUGAGGUAGAGAUGAUUGAGGCAGAACCUGGCGACAACGAUGAAAAUGAAUAUGAAGACGGGCAGCAAAAUGAAUACACAAAGCUGCUGAAUAUGGAGCCAAUGAGUGCAUCUAUGACUGAGUUUCUGGAACAUGCUCAGCUGGGUGAAAGUUCCUCAACUGCUUCGACAUCAGCUAUUUCAGAUGAAGCAGAAGUAUUGGGGCUGACACAUUCCAUUCCAACAAUUGAAGCUGAUGAUGUUGGGGAAGAGAGCUAUUUAGGAAUGACUGCUGUUGAAGCAGCAGGCGAGGAAACAGAAGAUGAUGAAGAUACACUGACGGAACCCCUUGACAAACAGAGCCAGGAAGAACUCAUAAAUCGCCUCAUGACAGAUGGAAUGUCCUUUUCUGAGGUUGCAGCUCUGUGGGGUGAGGACGCUGAUGCUGAUAGCGAUGUGGAGGAUACGCCAGCAAUGGCACUGAAUAAAACGGAGGAGAAGGAGGAUCACGCAGCGGAAUUCGAGAAGGAAUUAAACGAACAGCAAAGGUAUCAGUUGAAGCGCAAAGGCGGGGGAGAGAAGAGGCGAAGAAGGCGUCUGCCAGCUGCCCUCCAGGGUCUGAUGGGAGAAGCCAAUCUGCGUUAUGCUCGGCAGGAGUAUGACGAAGCUAUCAAAAUGUGCAUGGAGGUCAUUCGCCAGUUUUCUCAUUCUCCGGAGCCGUACCAAACACUAGGUAUGAUCUAUGAGGAGAAGAAGAUGGCAAACAAGAGUCUGCAGUUCCUGCUAAUUGCUGCAUUCCUCAGCCCCGAUGCCGAGGAGUGGGAGAAACUGGCUGAUUUGUCACUGCACCAGGGUGAUUUCCAGCAAGCUGUGUUCUGUUGGGGUCGAGCCAUAAAAGCAAACCCCCAGAACCUUGACUACCACUGGGCUCGCUGUGACCUCUUGGAGCGCCUAGGAGAAAAAAUGAAGGCACUGAAGGGCUAUUCCCACAUGCUGAAGUACUUGAGAACUGACCAGGGCAAGGUAAGUUAG